UGAAGUUGUACUUUGUGAUUUCAUCCACUGCGUGUUGUUUUCUUUUUCAUCAUGACGAAAUCUUUGAUAGACUUGUGCAUGUUCUGUAUAGCUAACAACCUCGAAAAUAUCAAGCGAGCAGGAUCAUCACUGUGCAAAAACGACAAAGAACUUCUUCUAGAAUUGCUUUGCGACCAUGAUAUGUUUACAGCGAAAAGGAUUCCAUUUGUAACUAAACAGCUUCUUUCACCGACGUUGACCAACAUUGCUUUUGGUUAUUCUGGUCAAGUGGACGAUGCAUUGCUCCAAAAGUUAGCUCUCUCCCGUUGCAAACUGAGGUCAUUUGUUCUCAAGAAUUGCCCGCAGGUAUCAGAUAAGGGAUUAUCUUCCCUCCUAAAGACACAAACAGAUUUGGAAUUUCUGCAUCUUAAACUGAGUUCUUUUCAAGUCCAUCUCACUGACAAGUGUUUAUUAACACUACGGUCUUCAAAAUUAGUAUCUGUUAAAUUAGAUCACAUUGAUCAGCUGAGCAACAAUGGAGUUAUAACCUUGGCAAAGAAUUGUCCAAAUAUUUGUGAAUUGAUGCUGCCAGGGUGCAAAGAACUUAAUGAUAGUUGUAUUGAAACUGUUACACGUACACUUUUGAAAGGAAAACUGGAAGUGUUGGAGCUGUCCGAAAUACACUUAUUGACAGAUCUUAGCCUGCUUGCCAUUGGUUCGGGUGAUUGUCCCAAGCUCAGAGAAUUGCUUCUUGUUGGUUGCAAUAUGAUUUCAGGAGCAGGACUAUUACAGGUUACUCAAGGCUGUCCUAACUUGACAAGCCUGGACAUUGGAUACUGCUACAGAAUUUUGAAUGAUGGCAGAACAUUGGUGACAGCAAAUGCAUUCCCGUCCAAUCUACUGGAACUGACUUUACAUGGAGUGCAAAUGUCAUCAGAAUUACUCAUUGACCUUGUGGAAAAAUUGGAUUAUAUAAGAGAAUUGACUUUGUGUGGAAUGAAGGCAGUAGAUGAUGAUUCUUUAGAAAAAAUUUGUUCAGCUGCAGGGCGAACCUUGAGAUCAUUAGACUUGAGUGGUUGUGCAGUUUUAACAGAUGCUGGACUUUCAGCCAUCAGCAAACAGUGUCAAGCCAUUGAAUCUCUUAAAGUGUCUUUCUGCCCAAAUAUCACUGGCAAGAGCUUGAAAUCUCUUUUCCGCUGCCCAAAAAGAGGGCAAGAGUUCAAAGCAUUUGUGGCAAAUGGAUGUAAAAUGUUCUCUGUAGAUGUUAUAGCUGAAAUAGCAGCAAGUUGUCCUUCGCUGCUUGUUCUGCGGCUUGCGGGCAUGAAAGACGUGGAUGAUCAGCUCCUGACUGCAGUUGCUGAAAAUUGUCACCAAAUUACCCGUGUCAGCAUUAAAGGCUGCGGCUUGGUUUCUGAUGUUGGUGUAUGUGAGUUAGCACGUAUGUGUCCAUUAGAAGAGGUUGUUGUGUCUGGUGUCUCAGGAUUAACAGAUCGGUCUGUUUUUGCCCUGGCAAACUGCUGCUGCUCAACUCUGAAAGAAGUCUACGCUUCAGGGUGUUCCAUGAUCACUCAGGCAGCAAUUAAUUAUCUGAAGGACUGUUGUUUGAAGAGAAUAUUUGUUGAACAUCGUGUACCAAAUGUUGAUCCUGACCAGGUUAUGGCCAAGAAUCUUGAUACUGGAGAAUUCUGUCGAGCCGACCUUUUAUUCACAGGUCCUGUUGUGCAAGACCCAGAUCUAUCCUCCACAAUAGCUACAACAACAACAACAACAACAAACUAAAAACACUAAGAGAGUGGUUAUAGUCUUUUGGAGGAUCAGCAUGUAAGAUUACAGCCUAAGUAUAAAUACUUUUUAAAAUGAAUGAACAAACAAACAAAUAAAUGUACAUUAGUACCAUUUGCACCAUUCAAUUGAUGAAAUCUGAAAAACAGCAAAAAGUGCUGCAAGAUAAUGAUGCAACAUUUUGUGGAAUGAGAAAUGAAGGAAAGAUUUCUUCUCCAGACAAAAUGUAAAGACUUAAAACCAUGGAUUGAUAAGAUGGGAAUGUAGAUUGAAUGUUAAAUGUUUGCUCAACUAGGUAGAUGGUUUUUUGUAUUAGUUCUAGUACUACUCAUCAACCAGUUUGCCUUGGGUUAAUAAACAUACACUCACAUCAGUG